AUUAACGUUAAAAAGAAAACAUAUUAUUUUCCGCAAUGUGGAGAACCUAAAUCAUUAAAAAAAAUUGUUAUCUAUUUAUUACACGCUUUAUAUUAGCUUCACUUGUAUGUAUGUUUGUAACUGACUCCUCUAGACAUUAUUUUGACCCACUUUAAACGGCCAGAUUUCAUUCAAACUUUGUAGAUUUAUUGAGGACCGAUGACAAUACACUAAUUUGAUAAGAUUAUUCCAUUAUUCAAUUUGCAAAAUAACAUUUUUGCCAAUUUAUAUAAUUUUUAUCUAUAGUCGAUAAGGCAGGAAUUGAUGUUAAAGUACUUAAUAGUUUUAAAAAUACGCUUUUAUAGCAAAUUUAACUAAAUAAUGAAAAAUAAAUAAUAGUUAAUAAAAACUAAAAAACACGCUUUACACUAUUUUAUACUUUACACUACUUUACACUAUUUUCAAUUUAAAUUUAUUAAAAUUUAUUUUCUAUUGUUUAGUUGAAUUUUAUAUAAAGCGUGUUUUUUCGUUUUUUUAGACUAUUUAUUAGUCUAGUCAACAAGUGCCUUUUUUUAAAUUAUAAAUAUUGGUCCUACAGUUCCGGGACGCUUAAAUACUUCCAAUCAAUAUGAAAUUUGUUUAACCGCGAUAGAUCAUUUAGUUCAAAAGUUACACAGUUUUGUGUACACCAGAGUCACAGUAGUGAACAAAAAUUUAAAAAAUUCUACAAACAAAAAGAAUAAGAAAAAUUUAGCUUUUUUUUAAUAUUUUUCCCUCGAUAAAAUUAAGCAUAGAUUCCCUCAUUUCGAUAUGUGCACAUUAUAAAGAAUCACACUGUAGAUAUAGAUUAUUGAGAAUGCAUUGAGUGUUUUUAAGCCACCGUACUUGAGGUGGAGCGAGUCAAGUAGGCAAUAUGUCAAUAAUGUUUUCCAUUAUUAUUUUUAAAUCUUUAGCUCGUCUAUCAACAUAGGAUUUUCAUGAACGACGAUGCAGAGUUUUACGAAAAUAGUAACAGUAUUCAGAGGCAGGAUGCAGCUGACACUUUAAAUGAGUAUUCGUCAAGAUUAAACUGGAAAGAAACGGGAGAAAGUAUAUUAGACAUAGGAUGUGGCGACGGAAGUGUCACUGAUAUCCUGAGAUCAUACUUACCAAAAAGUAGAAAGACUUUGUUGGCCUGCGAUAUCAGUGAGAGAAUGGUCAAGCACGCCGAAGGGCGUUACGGAAAUAACACGACAGCAUUUACUGUACUUAAUAUAGAAGGUGAUAUUCCCGAUGAGCUGAAAGGAAAAUUCGAUCAUGUUUUCUCAUUUUACGCAUUACAUUGGAUACAGAAUCAGGAAAAAGGAUUUACAAAUAUUCAUAGUAUGAUGCGUGAUGACGGAGAAUGCCUUUUAACCUUUCUCGCAUAUUCGCCAAUAUAUAGUAUGUUUGAAGGACUCAAAGACACACCCAAAUGGACUGCAUGGCUUAAGGAUAUCAAUCUAUUUCUUUCGCCUUAUCAUGAUUGCAUGGAACCGGAUCGUGUUAUUGAAAAACUGUUUAAGAAAAUUGGCUUUCGAUUCAUAGAUGUUCGUUCCAGACAAAAGAAAUUUGUAUACAACAAGAUAUCCGAUUUCAAAAAUACAGUUUUAGCCAUAAGUCCUUUCAAAAUCCCGGAACAUAUGCUAGAAGAAUUUUGGGACGACCUAGUGGAAGUGGGAGUAGGGAUGCGAAUAAUUGAUAAAAAAAAUGAUACCGUUAAUUUGAUAUAUAAUUUGCUUAUAGUACAUAGUAGAAAAUAAUUUCUGAAUUAAGUGAAUUUUGAACUCUAAUAUAGUCAAGGUUAACUUCUAGGGUUAAAAAAAAUGAGUUUUUGUAUGAUUACGAGCUUUUUAAGUAACGGUUAAAUAUAAAAUAGGUAACAAUGUUUAAAAUUAAUUUAUCACGACGAUUUUUUUAAUAUAUAAUACUUCAAGAAAA